AUGAGGAUCCAGGCAACCGCAGCUGUUGCCGUGGCUAACUACCUGGCAGCGCAAGUAGUUGCAGCAGGACUGUUGGAUGAGCAAAUCCCUUUGAGCCAGCCUGGCAAUCCUAAGCCCUCAGACCGGCCUAACAUCAUCUUUGUGCUCACCGAUGACCAGGAUCUGCACAUGGACUCGCUCAAUUACCUGCCAAAGAUUAAAGAGAAAUUGAUUGACCAAGGGACACUCUACAAACGUCACUACUGUACCACAGCAGUUUGUUGUCCUUCCCGGGCAUCCAUCUUCACGGGAAAGCUGGCGCAUAACACUAAUGUUACCGACUUAAAUCCUCCUUACGGUGGCUUCCCGAUCUUUGUCAAGAAUGGCCAUAAUGAGAACUACUUGCCUCUGUGGCUGCAAGGCGCCGGAUACAAUACCUUUUACACGGGGAAAAUGUUCAACGCACACACCGUUUGGAACUACGAUAGCCCGCACCUGAAGGGCUGGAAUGGAUCGGAUUUCCUCCUUGAUCCUAAUACUUACGACUACUGGAAUGCGACCUUCCAGCGGAAUCACAAUGCACCGGUCAACUACCUUGGCGAUUAUUCUACAGACGUGCUGGCUGAAAAGGCAUAUGGUUUCCUUGACGACGCUAUUUCUGCAAAGAAACCGUUCUUCCUCGGGAUUGCCCCCAUCGCCCCUCAUAGCAACGUGAACAGCACAGUGUUAAACCCAGUCAAGGGCCCGGAUGAUGAUGUUCCCGUGUCAGACGACACCUUCCGAGUUUCAAUUCCUAGAAGCGCUAAGCGACACGAGCAUCUGUUCCCCGAUGCCAAAGUCCCCAGAACUGAUAAUUUCAACCCAGACGUUGAGUCGGGGGCGGACUGGAUCCGCAGACAGCCAAAGCUGACACAAGAAAAUGUUGAGUACAAUGACCGUCACUACCGUGGUCGUUUACAGGCUCUCCAGUCAGUGGAUGAACUUGUUGAAGGACUGGUAGAGAGGCUGGAACAGCACGGUAUUCUCGAUAACACCUACAUCUUCUACACCACUGAUAACGGCUAUCAUAUCGGACAGCAUCGCCUGCCCGCCGGAAAGGAAUGCGGAUAUGAGACUGAUAUCAACGUCCCGCUGAUCAUCCGCGGACCUGGUGUUCCCAAAGGCAGAAUUUCAGAUUCGGUCACUGCUCAUGUCGACUUGGCACCUACUUUCCUCUCCCUGACUGGCGCAAAUCUGCGGGCCGAUUUUGAUGGGACACCAAUCCCUCUGUCGGAAAAGGAGAUCGACCUUGCUCCCUCCACACGUGAGCAUGUCAACGUGGAGUACUGGGGCUGGGCCAUUUCCGAGAGCAACUUUGGCUUCAAUGGGGGGGACGACAAGAGGAUAUACAACAACACUUAUAAAGCGCUGCGUGUCAUUGGUGAGGAUUACAACCUAUACUACUCGGUGUGGUGCACGAAUGAGCAUGAACUCUACGAGAUGAACUCUGACCCUGGCCAGCUCAAGAAUUUACUUCACAGAGAUGAGGCACUCUUGGCGGCACAGACCACCGUUCUGGGUUAUUCUUUAGAGAAGCUCAUCCCCAGACUCGAUGCUCUCCUGUUAGUUCUAAAGUCUUGCAAGGGGGCGAGUUGCUCGCAGCCCUGGACGUCAUUGCACCCCCAUGGCAACGUUGUCACCCUCCACGAUGCUCUUUCCCCCAGAUAUGACGAGUUUUACGAACAGCAAGUUCGCGUUGAAUAUACAUGGUGUGACUCGGGGUAUAUUGUGCCGGCAGAAGGCCCGCAGUUUGAGAAGGAUGGCGUGGUGUAUUGGGAAGGUUCCAACUGGAGUGACUGGACUUGA